AUGGUGCUGGGCCUGCCAGGCGCCUGGGCCACGGGGGCCUGCGUGCGGGCCUGCCCUACCGCCUGCGUCUGCAGCAGCUCUGAGCGCGGCUGCUCGGUGCGCUGUGACCGCGCGGGCCUCCUACGCGUGCCAGCCGAGUUCCCGUGCGAGGCGGCCUCCAUCGACCUGGACCGCAACGGCCUGCGCUUCUUGGGCGAGCGGGCCUUCGGCACGUUGCCGUCGCUGCGCCGCCUGUCGUUGCGCCACAACAACCUGUCGUUCAUCACACCCGGUGCCUUUAAGGGCCUGUCGGGUCUGGCCGAGCUGCGCCUGGCGCACAACGGCGACCUCCGCUACUUGCACCCGCGCACCUUCGCCGCGCUCAGCCGACUGCGCCGCCUCGACCUGGCCUCCUGCCGCCUCUUUAGCGUGCCCGAGCGGCUCCUGGCCGAGCUGCCCGCCCUGCAGGAGCUCGCCGCCUUCGACAACCUGUUCCGCCGCGUGCCCGGCGCGCUGCGCGGCCUGGCCAACCUGACGCACGCGCACCUGGAGCGCGGCCGCAUCGAGGCAGUGGCCUCAAGCUCGCUGCAGGGCCUGCAGCGUCUGCGCUCCCUCAGCCUGCAGGCCAACCAUGUCCGCACUGUGCAACCCGGUGCCUUCCGUGACUGCGGCGCCCUGGAGCACCUGCUGCUCAAUGACAAUCUGCUGGCUGUGCUGCCGUCCGAUGCUUUCCGCGGCCUGCGGCGCCUGCGCACGCUUAACCUGGGCGGCAACGCUCUGGGCCGAGUGGAGCGCGCCUGGUUCGCAGACCUGGCAGAGCUCGAGCUGCUUUACCUGGACCGCAACAGCAUCGCCUUCGUGGAGGAGGGCGCCUUCCAGAACCUCUCAGGCCUUCUGGCUCUGCACCUCAACAGCAACCGCCUCACCGCGCUAGCCUGGGCCGCCUUCCAGCCCGGCUUCUUCCUGGGCCACCUAUUUCUCUUCCGGAACCCGUGGCGCUGUGACUGUCGCCUGGAGUGGCUGCGGGACUGGAUGGAGAGCUCUGGGCACGUCGCCGACGUGCUGUGCAGCUCCCCGGGCUCCGUGGCGGGCCUGGACCUCAGCGAGGUGGCCUUUCGGCGCUCCCUCGAUGGCCUCUGUGUGGACCCCAAGGAGCUGAACCUCACUGCGACCAGUCCAGGUCCGUCCCCAGAGCCAGUGGCUACCACCGUGAGCAGGUUCAGCAGCCUCCUCUCCAAGCUGCUGGCCCCGAGGGCCCCAGUAGAGGUGGUGGCCAACGCCACCGAGCUGCUGGCCAACACCUCAUUGUCCAGCAGCCUUCCCUCCCACGGGGUGGGAUUCUUCGGCUGCAAUACCACGAUUCUACUUAGCUCUUAUCUCCUGCUCAAUGUGGUCCAGCUUGUGGUGUUUGGCCUGCAUAUGGACUGA